AUGUUUCCCGAAGUGCUCCGCCGCCGCCGUCAAGCUGCUCCCUAUAAACACGCAGCAGUUUUCUCAGCCGGUCUUUGUCCACGAACCGCCUCCUGACGACGCGUUUCCCUUCCGUGUGAUGCUGGACGCAGACAUGGAUGACUUCGCCGCUUUGCGUCAUGGCGGAAGUCAAAACUUGGACUAAAGUGUGACAUUGACGAGGCAGCGGCAAAGCAUCCCUGCCCGGCGCGCGGGCAGCAUCACAUGUGGCGGAGGGCUAGCUGCGCUCGAGGAGUCCUUUACGACACUGCGUCCGGCGGAGCCCGCCGCUCUUCCUCGAGCUAAAGAUGCUAUUCGGUGUGUCACACCGCCGCGGAGGCGCUGAGGUGGCCCGGUAACCGCGGCGGAACCACUCCAUACAAUGUUCUGGACCUUUGGAACUAGUUAACGCCGGCUCACAUCUCACCACUCAAACAGACGAAGGCAGCUCUCCUUCUGUCAGGAGCUCCAAUCAGCGAUGGCGUCCCCGGACUCGCCCCCUUUGGUCUCUCCAUCGCCGUGCCCCCCUCCCCCUCCAUCGCUCCCGUCCUCUCCCGUGCGGUCCUCCCCGGCCCCGUCCUCCUCCUCCUCCCUCCCCGCCCCGCCCUCGCUGCCUCCGACGGGGGAGGUGAUGGUGCUGGCUCUGGGCAGGAAGAAGCAGCGGGUGCUGAUUGCGCUCUCCAUCCUCCCCAACCUCUUCCUGGCCUUCCUGCUCUCCUCCGACCCCCUCCUCACGCUCUCCCCCGACCACCACUGCCACCUGCCCGGGCCCCCGCCCUCCCUGGAGACGCUGAAUGCCACCCUGCCGUGGGAGAAGGGCCAGAAGUCCAAAGAAGGGGGCGUGUCCCAGUGUAAGCAGUACACCAACAGCAGCCAGAGCGCUGUGACGGACUGUGAGGGGGGGUGGGACUACAACGUCACAGAGGGACUGAAGAACAACAUCGUUACCGAGUGGGAUCUGGUGUGUGGUCGGUACUGGCUGGUCCCGGUGGAGGAGGUGUGUUUCAUCCUGGGUGUCCUCACCGGCUGCCUGGCUUUUGGCUUCACAGCUGACCGGUUGGGCCGGUCCAAAACCCUGCUGAUCUCCCUGACUCUGUCGGUGGUGUUUGGGGUGCUGGUGUGCGUCUCUCCCUACCCGUCUGUCUUCAUUGUUAUGCGGUUCUGCCUGGCAGCUGCAAGCGCCGGAGUUUAUGUCACUCUUUAUGUGUCCCGUCUGGAGCUGUGCGAGCCGUCCGUCCGGCUGGUGGCGACCAUGUUGGCUGGACUGAUGACGUGGGCUGGAGAGCUGCUGCUGCUGGCCGUGGCCCUCGGCUGUCAGACCUGGAGGGGUCUGCUUGGAGUCGGAGUCGCUCCUUUAACGCUGUUCCUCAGCUACGGCGUUCCUGGUGUGUUUCCAGAGUCUCCUCGCUGGCUCCUCCUAUCCGAGCGGUCUGCAGACAUGAACUCCUUCAGCGAGAGGAGAAACUCCAGCAGAGAUGUGAGGGAGGACGAGAGCUUCACAGAGCUGGAUUCAGAGCCCGCCCCCUCGGCUCGCCCUCACCUGUCCCUCCCCGAGCUCUUGCACAGCAGGAACAUCUGGAAGAACAUGUGUGUGCUUGGCUUCACCUCAUUCAUCUCUCACGGCAUUAGUCACUGUUACAGCUCGUUCCGAGGUGAUGUCAGAGGCACCGCCCCCAGCUUCUACUGGACCUACCUGCUGUCCGUGUGUGCAGGGGGAGGGGCUUGGCUGUUGCUCUGGGCGACCGUAGACAGGUGUGGUCGCCGUGGCAUCCUGCUGCUGUCCAUGACGAUGACGGGCCUGGCUUCUUUGAUCCUCCUCGGCCUCAUGGAGUAUCUGAGUGAAACGGCGAUCACCAUCUUCUCGGUGCUGGGGCUCUUCUCUUCCCAAGCCACAGCCUCUGUGUGCAUCCUCUUCACCGCAGAGAUCAUGCCCACCAUCAUCAGGGGUAGUGGCGUUGGAGCCGUGCUGGCUCUGGGCUGUGUGGGCCGCCUGAGCUCGCCGAUCAUGGACCUGCGAAACCACUACGGCUACUUCCUGCACCACGUCAUCUACUCCUCGCUGGCGCUGCUUGCCGUGCUCUCCAUCCUGCUCCUGCCUGAGAGCAAGAGGAAGCCGCUGCCCCAGACGCUGGCGGACGGCGAGCAGUACAGGCGGCCGCCGCUGGGCAGGAGGCGGCGGGACAAUGUGCCGCUGCUGGCCACCCCAAACCCAGAGACCUGAAGGAGCCGUCAGCGCUGCGACGGAAUGAGCUCACACGGGUCGUCCUCUACCAGAACCUGUAACAUCUCCACGCCGGGAGAGACUCUAAAAGGAAAGAAAAGGGCUGAGACAAACUCCAAGCUUCUUACAUAUCAUCCUCCAGUCAUUCCAGAGGCAGACGGCGCCACAGACGAACAGAUUAGUGUUUGUUCUUCAGUAAACCUUCAUCUCACUGUGUUCUCUCGUUACGACACCAGCAUUCUCCGCUGACCUCCAUCCCGUCCGCUGUGGAGAUUAGAAGAUGUUCUUAGCGUUUGUCUUGACUUACAUUAGAGCAUAUUUUGCUGUUCUUCUGUGGGCAUCUAAUCAAAAAGUGCUUUGACAAGAGCAAAAUAGAAUUUUUGUAUAGUUUUCUGUACCUUUUAGUAACAACUUGUGGUGCACAGGCAGAGGGAAGCAGUUCUCUGACACGUAACUUUGGAGCUAAUCGUAAGAUGUCCUGUAAAUAACGUAAGCUCUAGUUUCUUCAACUUUAUUCGGCAUUCCCAGACGCCGAGGCUCAACCCAUUUAGGCUAUGCAGUUUUGGGAGCACUUUUUUAUUUUCCCUUUUGAAGGUAGAAGCUUGUUUGACCAAAGGCCUGAAAUUGAAGGGAAGUCAUUUUGAUCAGUCAGAAAGGUUCAGCGUUUCCACUGUUAGUCCAGUUUCCUGAAUCUGGCCUGGAGCCAGCAGUAUUUAUAAUCUUAUUUAUGUUGUUAUUAAUCACUAAUUUAUCCCGAGUGUUUUUAAGAUCAACUCUUCAUCGACUUAGUUCUGUCUCUGACCCCAUAAUUAUGUUUACUGUUGGUGGGAGGGGCCUGAUGAGUUUGCUCCCUAACCAGGAAGUGAAGAGGGGCCCCCAGCUCCUCCUAUUUCUUUUAAUGUUUCAAAAUAAAAGCAUGACAGAAUGAGUCGCAGCCUCUCAGAGGCCGGCUGGUGGCGUUUCACUGCUUUUUUAGUGCUAAGAUAAAAAGUCUGAUGGAAGCUAACAUGAUCAUCUUUGCUGACGACUUUAGUUUAUAAAUGUUAUCACUAAUUAUGUCUUAUUAUUGUCUGAUAACACCAAGCAUCUGUUGAAUGAUGAGUUCAGUUUAAUGUUAUAGCCUGAUUUCCUGUACAAUAAAAGUGGGACAGUUAAGAGGAGUUGAGUGUUUUUAUUUGGUGAAAAUUAUGGAUGUGUCAGAGUGACAGAAUGAAUAAAAAGACAACAUCCUUUGAAA